AAGAAGAAGAAUUGGACGAGUCGUCUCAACUUGGAUGAGGAGCGUGGCUUACUGCUGCAUCCGACGUUCCGACAGCAGGUCUCUAAUGAAAUUCAAGAUCAAGUGAUCGAUUUGGUUGGUGCCGCCAGUUUCCGCAAAGUCCAAGCAACCCGUGACUUCGAGAACAAGCACGUCUCCCACACGGAAUACUGCGAAUUCCGGACACGCGCUCAGUGUCUUGCUACACGCGCUGCGCGUGGAGAACCGGACGGCGGGAAAAACUGUAACAAGAUUCAUUUCAAACGGGUCAUCAGGCCUUGGACUGACCCGGCUUUGGGAGAUUGCUCCUAUUUGAACACCUGUAGGAAGAUGAAUACGUGCAAGUACAUCCACUACACCUUGGAUUUGACGUUCAGCCAAGCAGCCGAAGUCUCCAAAAAACUAGGAGGUCAGGAAACACUGGUAGAGGCACAAGACGCAAGAAAGAUCAACGAAAUGCAGAUAGGAGCCGACUUGUCUCUGCCAGCGCAAUGGAUAAACUGUGACGUGCGGAACUUCGAUUUUGGUAUUUUCCUUUUCUAAAUCCUUGUUUGUCGAAAAUCAAAAUGAACAUGAUGAAAGAAUAUUGCGGAUUACAUCAAGUGAAACGGAAACUCCUUGCUUUAUCCAUUUUUAUCUUUAUCAAGAUGGUUCCUUCCUGCCUCCAGUUUUUGAAUGUGACUGAGCUCAUCAAAUUUAUCUUUAUCAUAAUCUUCACACUUCUCCACGACCAAUCUGCUCCCAUCCUUUGCCAGGUGUCCUCCACAACCAGGUGGACGUUAUUAUGGCGGAUCCGCCUUGGCACAUUCAUAUGGAGUUACCCUACGGAACCCUCACUGAUGACGAAAUGCGAUCCCUCAGAGUCGACAAAGUCCACGAUAAUGGCAUGAUCUUCCUGUGGGUUACCGGUCGUGCGGCUGAGCUGGCAAGAGACUGCAUGAAGCAAUGGGGGUACAAGCGUGUAGAAGAAAUCAUCUGGGUGAAAACGAAUCAACUUCAAAGGGUGAUAAGAACGGGAAGAACUGGGCAUUGGUUGAACCACUCGAAGGAGCAUUGCAUUGUGGGGAUCAAGGUAGUUGUUUCGGUGCUGAGUUCAUCUUCGUGUUGUAAUUUGCGUCUUCAGUUAAAAAAAAGUUCAUCAUGUUGAUGCAUAUCUUAAAGUUUACUUCUGAUUUCGUGCUACUAAUAGCAGGUGACAAAGAUCAUAAGUAUUCAGACUCCUCAUAUCUCGAUUUCCAUCUGCUCAAAAAAUCAAAAAAUCAGCUUCUCACUGUCACUCUCAAGAAAGUUAAAUAACUUUGCUACAGGGCACUCCUCGCGGCAUGAAUCGUAACCUUGAUUGCGAUGUGAUCGUUUCUGAGGUUCGCGAGACCUCCCGUAAGCCGGAUGAAGUCUACAACCUGAUUGAGCGCAUGUUUCCUAGAAGCCUCAAACUCGAAAUCUUCGGUCGGCCCCAUAACGCCCACACCAACUGGCUCACACUCGGUAACCAGUUGCUUGGCGUCCACGUUUGUAACGAAGAGAUUGUCCGGAGGUACAAUGAAAAGUGCCUGAAGGAAGGAGAAGCACCGGCAGUGGCGUUUGACCCGAACGACCCGCAGCAAGCAAACCGUUUAGCAUUGGAGGAAGCUGCGCAGGCAGCUGCCGCGAAGCCCGAGCCGGAGGAUGAAGCCAUGCGAAUCCGUGAUGCAAAGAGGAAAGGAGGUCCUCAAAUUGCGUUGGUGGAUCACUUCUCUGCUAGUUCAUCUGGAGCUACUCAUACAGGUGCGGGUGGUAAAAACAAGAGCAAGAGCACUACCGUUAUUAGUUCUAGUGGAGCUGGUGGAGGCGGUGCGUCAGGCGUAUCAGCAGUUUUAGCAUCUUCCGGAGGUAGUGGAGGAGCACAAGUGGUCUUCGCCUCGUCAUCUGGAGGAGGAACAAAUUUCUCCUCGUAUAAUGCAAGUACUGGUAGAGCAGGAGGAGCUGCUUGGCAGCCGCCAGGAGGGGGUGGAAAACAACGAGGUUCUUCAUAUUCGAAAAACCGGGAUAACAACAAGCCUGGUACAACUACUACUACUGGAACAGGAACAUCUUCAACGGGUGGAGGAGGUUUGUCUCAACGUACUGGCCGCACAGUUCCAGGAGGCGCAAUUGCUUACGACAAAUUUACUCCGCGGAAGGACGACAACAGACCAGAAAACAAUCAGCACGAGAAGAGAAACACGUCGAGUAAACCUCCACAGACCACGAUGAACAAUGCUAGUAGCAAUCCGAGUUUCAACACAACUGUUGCUAGUAGUUCCAAUGCAGCGAAUGUGGUGCCAAAACAGGACUCUAUCGCCAUCACCAAUAGCACCCCUUCAGUACAACUAGCGCCACAAAGCAGCCCCCCACCAGUGUCCACACCCGACGAAGAGAAAGAAGAAAAACGGGAAACAUGGCAGCCUCCUAGAGCACCUGGCUGGGUCGAUGCGUGGAACACAGGAAGUAAUGCCAAUGCAGCAGAUACGAAAUCGUUUUCCUCUGCUUGGGGUGAUGGGGGAAACGGAACGGAACCUUCACCAACCGCAGGUACUGCUACAGGUACAAGAACGGUUGUUUCGUCUUUAAUAUCUAGUACAACUACACAACAAGGACAGCAAGCUGGCUCCACUUCCACUGCUGCAACUAGUACGGCGUCUGGAUGGAAACCGCCUGGAAGCAGUAGCACAACAGCAACUACAUCUGCUCCUGGAGGCGUAGGUGUGCCGUCUUCUUCAACGAGUAGUGCAGUUCUCUAUUCUUCCGGUACAACUGUUAUUUCAUCUUCUUCUUCUGCAACGGCAUCCGCGUCUACCUCUAGUAGCGGGACGUGGCAGCCACCAUCUUCAACAUCCUCAUUAGGAGCACAUCAGACGACGAUAUCGUCCUCUAGUACACCAGGAGCACAUCAACAGCAGACAACGAUUUUUGCAGGAUCCUCCAACAUGGGCUGCUCGUCAGGAUGGCAACCUCCUUCUGGCUCUGCUUCUGCGGGACAACAAACAGUUGUCUCUUCUUCUGCUCCUGCUUCUAACGUGCUAGCUUCGUCGGGUAGUGGAGCUGGAAGCUUUCGAAUAGCGUCCUCAGGUCCUAGUAACAUCAGUCGACCAGGAACAUCAAGAACAGGAGGAGUGGGAAUACCAAUUAUAGCAAGUUCGUCUUCUUCUUCGAGUGCUGGUAUUCCUAUUGCGUCAUCAGCAAGCGGAGUUGGGGUGCCAAUUGCGUCAUCAGGAGCUGGGGUACCUCUCGCCUCUUCUUCUUCAGGAGGACCUAUGAUCGCUUCAUCAACGGGACGAGGCAUGCCCAUAGCCUCUUCCGGAGGCGUGCCCAUAGCAUCCUCAACAGGCCCCGUCGUGAUCGGCAGCAGUGGAGGCCGCACUCCUUUUGCCCACACAUCAUCUGCCUCUACUCCUCCCCUUCAACCACUUCAAGGAGCUGACAAAGGCAAAGGUGUACAAGGUGUACCUUUACCACCCUUAGGCCAACAACCUCAACCGGGUGGUAAGCAACAACAAGUGCCACCUUUUAACAACAAUAUGAAUAAAGGUAGCGGCUAUCAGCAACAGCACCACGUCGGUCAACAUGGUGCUCCGCAACAGCAACAGCAGCAUCAAAAGUAUCCACCCCAACAACAGGGUCAACAUUAUCAACAACCUUAUGGUGGAGGUGGGAAGAAAGGGGGUUUUGACAAAAUGAAAGGUGGCAAGAAAGGUGGAAAGCAUAGCAAUAAUAAAGGCGGACCGCCGCCAGGCGCAGGGAUGAACCCAAAUGACAUUCCACUGGGAAAGCCACCUCCGAUGUGAUUUGAACUCUUCGCUCUUCUCCCAUGUGGUGGCUCUUCGCUCUGUGACCACACGUGACAUUCUCAACCAAAGAAGUGUGAAACUUUUUUUUCCUCGGCACGUGUGAUUACCUCCCAAUCUUCCCUUUCCACCUUGUUCCCAAAGACAUUUACUUCCCCAAGUGAUGAAUAUGUUUUCCAAGAACAUCAUACAUUAAAAGUUGACCUAGAGGAUGUUACUCGUAAUAUCAAUAUAUAUAGCCG